CGCAGGCGCGCCGGAAGUCCUCAGCGUGACGCGUGCGUGGAUGGAGCAGAAGUGGCGUUGAAGUAGUGCAAGAGAUUUUGAGACCUGUGUGUCACCAUGCUGUCCCCCGAAGCGGAGCGGGUGCUGCGGUAUCUGGUCGAAGUGGAGGAGCUGGCCGAGGCGGUGCUGUCGGACAAGCGGCAGAUUGUGGACCUGGACACCAAGAGGAAUCAGAACCGAGAGGGCCUGAGGGCCCUACAGAAGGACCUGAGUGUCUCUGAAGAUGUGAUGGUUUGCUUUGGGAACAUGUUCAUCAAAAUGCCUCACCCUAAAACGAAGGAAAUGAUCCAGAAAGAUCAGGAGCACCUGGACAAAGAAAUAGAAAGACUCCGAAAUCAACUUAAAGUGAAAGUUAACCGCCUCUUUGAAGCCCAAGGAAAACCGGAGCUGAAGGGUUUUAACCUGAACCCCCUCAACCAGGAUGAGCUUAAAGCCCUCAAGGUCAUCCUGAAAGGAUGAGACUCAGACAGCAGAUGGGGGGCCUGUGACUAGGCCCCCCAGCCUUGAGACCUGCAAGGACAGGAUUGUCUCUUUAAGCGGACAGGCUCAGGAAUGUGGCUUCUGUACCAAAUCUUUUUCUGUAGUGCUUGGCUGCUUUGUGACAAGAGAGAACCCUUAGCCUGUUCUGUGUGCUUGGCCUGGCUACCAGAGCUUGGUGGACACAAGACCUAUUGACAGACACUGGCAGCCAUCUGUAGGUGUGUGGGGGUGUGAGAAUGGCUGCCACCGACACUUCUCAACAGUAGCCUGCUGUUUAGAUAGGCCUGGCCAGCAAUGGAGAGGGAGGACUGGGAGCUUCAUUCCAGCUUUCUGCAUGGCGAGGCAUUUCUAGGCAGUGUGUGUGACAGCUGGAAUAAAACGGGAGACUGACAGUUUGCUUCUGUGUGAAGCAGACAGAUCCUUAGUGUCCCACACCAGCUGCAGUUAGACACAUUUUUCCAGAGCCCCCAGUCCUGCCCGUUUUCCUGCUGGCUUUCCAUAAUAGGUACUGUCAAUCACCUUCUGUGGUUGCUCUUGAGAUGGGAGGCCUUCCAGAGGACUGGCCCAGGGCAGCCAAGCAGUGUCCUUCCUAAUGUGACUCAACAUGGAGCAUCCUCCAUGACCUCUGACAACAGGGCUAGGCUGGCUGAGCUGACUUCAUAGUGAGUGUGCUGUGAGCAAAACCGGCCUCGGUUCUCUGAGGCUCAAUAAACAUUAACUGACCAAACCACAA